AUAGUUGUGGUGUGACCAAGGGAGCAGCAGAAAUGCAGAUAAAUCAAGACCUGGCAAAGCGGCUCUUUUUUGAGGGUGCUACAGUCAUCAUUUUGAAUGUGCCAGAAGGAACAGAGUUUGGCAUUGACUACAACACUUGGCAAGUGGGCCCCAAGUUCCGUGGAGUCAAGAUGAUACCCCCUGGUAUUCAUUUCCUUCACUACAGCUCUGUUGAUAAGAACAAUCGCAAAGAGAGUGGCCCUCGCACCGGCUUCUUCAUGAACUUGCAGCCUCGUGAUCUGCGAGUGCUACACUGGGACCCCGUCAGGGAAGAAGUAGACCUUACCCCAGCUUCUGAAAAUGAGACUGAAGCAAUGAGGACUAACCUCCAGGAGAUGGACCAAUUUCUUGGUCCUUACCCAUAUGACACUCUUAAAAAAUGGAUUUCCCUCACUAAUUUCAUUAAUGAAUUUGUGAUGCAAAAACUACAGCCAGAAAGCGGACAGAUAUGUGCCUUUUCAGAAGUGCUUCCUAUUUUGCCUGGGAAGUUUACUAAAGAUCGAGUUGAACAGAACCUGCCCCGGUAUGACACAGAGUGCAAAAGCUAUGCAGAGGGGUUGGCCCGGCUGCCCAAAAUGCAGCUGAAAGCUGGCACUGAGAUCAGGUUUACAGAAAUACCUAAGCAAAUGUACCCUGAAGGUGCUACCCCUGAAGAAGUUACUAGGCAUAGCAUGGACCUUAGCUAUGCCCUGGAGACGGUGAUCAAUAAACAGUAUGCCAGCAAUUCCCAGGAUGUGCUUGGGGAACUGCAGUUUGCCUUCAUCUGCUUCCUGAUUGGGAAUGUAUAUGAUGCCUUUGAGCACUGGAAGAAACUCCUGAAUCUCUUAUGCAGGUCAGAGGAUGCCAUAGUGAAGCAUCAGGCCCUGUUCAUUAACCUCAUUUCAGUCCUGUACCAUCAGCUCGGUGAAAUCCCAGCGGACUUCUUUGUGGACAUUGUUUCCCAGGACAACUUUUUAACCAACACCUUGCAGGUCUUCUUCUCCUAUACCUGCUGCCCAACUGUUGACAGGACUCUGAAAAAGAAGGCAGAGAGGUUUAAAGUCCACCUAACCAAGAAGUUCAAGUGGGACUUUGAGGCUGAGCCAGAAGACGAUGCUCCCGUUGUAGUUGAGCUUCCAGAAGGGUCACUUGUGGACUGAAUGGCAAUUUCCCUUUUCCUGUUUUUUUAUUUUAUUUGUGCAAAUG